UCUUCCGUACAGCGCACAUCCCGAACAGAAGGUGGCGCUGAUCAUCAGCAAGCUCAGCGAGAUCAACGCCGACAAAACAAUAGACAAAAUAUCUGUAAUGCAUGUAAAAUUAACGGGAGUAAACGAUUUAAUCACGUUUUAUAAUAAAACAAUGUCUAAGCUGCAGAUUUUGAACGUUUUUCUGACAGACAGAUUAACUUUAGCUGCCCAGGAGAUAUUUAAGGCUGUGGAAGAUAUCUUCUCAGAGUACAAUGAGGAGAUCUGUCGCUCCAGAAAAGAGAUUGAGCUGCUGAGGAGGAGACUGCAGCAGGCUGGACUUCAGAUCGACUCUGGAACACAGUCCUGCUCCAAUGAGACUCGAGACACUCAGACAUUAUCAGAGGAGCGAUGGAGGUGUGAAGAAGAUAGGAAGGAUACAGAGGUGCAAAUAAAACUAGAGGUCUACACAGAAGAGGAGGAGGAUGAAGUGCAGACGUCUGUGUGCAAUGAAUCAACAACUUUAUCGCCAUUUAUUGACACAAACCAUGAUCAGAUGGCUAGCAAAGACAUUGAAAGUCAAAUAAUAGACAGCAGUGAGAAUGAUUUUCCAUUUAUUUACCAAUACGCUCAGAUUAAGAAUGAACCUGGGCUUCAUACUGAAGCAGGAAGCACCUGUCAGUCACAGCACUUCACAAGACACGGCUCAGAUGAUCCAUGGACGAGUGAUGCAUUCAGCAACAAAACAAUAAUCAGUCACAUUGACUCUGCUGCACAUAUGACACAAGUAUUUAAUCUGCCCUUCAGAAACCAAGAGAUGUUGAUGCAGCAAAGAAUGGAACUGGCCCAAAUACAUCUCAGUCAGUCAUCUGUCUGUCAGGAUGAAGGGUCAAAAUCUGACAAGCGGAAAGCCACCAGUACAAGAUAUUAUCACGCCUGGAGGGAUCGCUUGAAAAAAGACCCUGUAAAAUUUGCGGAGUUCAAAGCUUCGGAGGCUGCAAGAUUAAGAGAGUAUAGAAGAAGAAAGUCUGCUGCUGCUAUAGAAAUUGAUAGGAAAAGUGAUUGUGAGCGCAGACGAUUAAGAGCCAAAAAGAAGUUACAACAGUGUAAAACUGACAAAGAGUCUAUGUCUCCUAAUAAAAACAUCAAAAAGAGAGACAGAUUAACUUUAGCUGCCCAGGAGAUAUUUAAGGCUGUGGAAGAUAUCUUCUCGGAGUACAAUGAGGAGAUCUGUCGCUCCAGAAAGGAGAUUGAGCUGCUGAGGAGGAGACUGCAGCAGGCUGGACUUCAGAUGGACUCUGAAACGCAGUCCUGCUCCAAUGAAAUUCGAGACAGUCAGACAUUCUUAGAGGAGCAUUGGAGAUGUGAACAAGAUGGGAAGGAUACAGAGGUGCAGAUGAAACUAGAGGUCUACAGAGAGCAGGAGGAGAAUGAAGUCCAGACGUCUGUGUGUAAUGAAUCCAGAACAUUAUUUCCAUGUGUGGAGACAGACCAUGAUCAGAUAGCCUGCAAAGACAUUGCAACUCAAAUGAUGGACGACAGUGAGAAUGAUUUUCCCUUUAAUAACCAAGAUGCUCAUAUUAAGAAUGAACCUGGGCUUUAUACUGAAGCAGGAAGCACCUGUCAGGCACAGCACUUCACAAGACACAGCUCAGAUGAUCCAGGGGAGAGUGACACAUCCAGCAGCAACAAAACAAAAAUCGAUCACAUUGACUCUGCUGCACAUACAAUACAAGAAUUUAAUCUGCCCUUCAGAAAUCAAGAGAUGUUGAUGCAGCAAAGAAUGGAACUGGCCCAAAUACAUGAGAGUAAACUGCAAACACAGCAGGAAGGAAACCAAAGGAAUACCUUUGAAAAUGAGGGAAUGCACAAAUUAAAGAAGACAAGGCACACUGAAGAAGAGACACUUGAUAAAGAACACCACCAUGAAACACAGCCCAAGACAAACCUGGCUGAUGUUUGUCUGGAAAACAUUCAGCACGAAGAGGAACUGUCUGAAAAUUACCACCCCCCUCACGAUAUGCACGGAAACGUGUACGGUACAGGAGAUUAUUUUUGUGUCGUGUGCCACAGAAGAUUCAGCUCAUCAGGACUGUUGAAAAUUCAUCUUCGAAUUCACUCUGGAGAGAAACCGUACCGUUGCAGCUUUUGUGGUAAAAACUUUAGACAAUCGAGUCAUCUUAACACGCAUGUUAGAAUCCAUACCGGAGAAAGACCUCACAUCUGUCAGAACUGUGGAAAGACUUUUAUUGAUUCGAGUGCAAGAAACAGGCACUUUAAAAAAUGCAUUAUUUUCCCUCUGCAAGGACAGUGAAGCUGUAGGGAGCAUCUGUAAUAUUUUACUCACUAAAUUAGAAAUAUUAAGUUAUUAUUUAAAGCUGUUUAACAGCACGCUGUUUUUUAAUGUUGUUUUUCCAUAGUGGCAUUUAUCAUAGUGUCAUCACCCUCUUUAAAUGCAAUGCACUUUUCUAAAGUGCUGGUUAGCUUUCCAAACACAUGUGCAGUGAGCAACGUAUUUAACAAUACAAUACUGUGUUCAUUUCAUCAGCACUUUUAACUUUACACCUAAAGUUUGGAAAACUUUAUUUAUAAAAAUAUUCAUCAUUAAAACUAUAGUAGCUGCCGUAAAGUUGAAAGUAUUUGUGCAGAAGUUUACCAUAUUUAUGAAUGUGCUUUUUAGGCAAUCAAACAUUUCUUUUUUAAAUGAAUAGAUUUCUUUGGUCAUGUUUUAUUUACUAGUGUUACAGGGAACAAGCAAACAUUGCUGCAGUUUACAGUCCUUUUAUAAUGAUUUUUUAAAAUGUAAAUUUUGUACUUUAAUGUUAGAGCACAGUCUAAUAAAUUAAAAAUGGUGCUGUCUAUGAUUUUAUCAUA